CCGUUGCGUGCCCCAUUUCUCUAGAGGAAUAUCCGGGGGAAGAGACAGAGAGAGAGAGAGACGGAGAGUGCAAUGGCGUGCGGCGUGAAUUUCUCAACGAUAACACAACCAAGGCCUCAGCCUUGCUACCCUUCUCUGUCCCUCUCCUCUUCCUCUUCUCCUUCAAAUUCGCCUAAGUCUCUCAUUUCACAAUUGUCACUCGUCUCGAACAAUCCCUGCCUCUCCCUCCGUCGCGACAGAACCCUAGCCCGGUCUCGUCUCAGGGCUCCUAAUUUCAAGGUACUAGCGUCGGCGAAGAAGCCAGAGCCUCUCAAGAUUAUGAUAUCUGGAGCUCCAGCUUCUGGUAAAGGAACCCAAUGUGAGCUCAUCACUCAAAAAUAUGGUCUGGUGCAUGUUUCUGCUGGAGAUUUACUCAGGGCAGAGAUUGCAGCUGGUAGUGAAAAUGGAAGGCGGGCAAAGGAAUUCAUGGAGAAAGGAAAAUUAGUCCCAAACGAGAUAGUUGUCAUGAUGGUGAAGGAGAGGCUAUUGCAGCCAGAUUCUCAGGAAAAUGGUUGGCUUUUGGAUGGGUACCCAAGGAGCUUGUCACAAGCAACUGCUCUUAAGGAAUUUGGGUUCAAGCCAGAUCUUUUUAUUCUCCUAGAAGUUCCUGAAGAUACUCUUGUUGAGAGAGUCGUUGGACGAAGGUUAGAUCCUGUUACUGGGAAGAUAUACCACUUGAAGUAUUCUCCCCCAGAGACUGAAGAAAUUGCUGCGAGGCUUACCCAACGAUUUGAUGAUACAGAAGAAAAGGUAAAGUUGCGGUUACGCACUCAUCAUCAGAAUGUGGAGGCAGUACUUUCAAUGUAUACAGACAUAACAGUUAAGAUCAAUGGAAGCAUUUACAAGGAGGAUGUGUUUGCCCAGAUUGACAGUGUGCUGACUGAACUUCUUGAGCAAAGGCAGGCUACUUCAGAAUCUUUGGCGGCAAAAUAGAUGUAGAAGCAUUCCUUCUGUUUGUUAAUGCAUUUUAGGGGUUGUUUUUUGUGUUCGGUUUGAAAAAGUGUUAUGGAAAAUUGUUUGUGUGUUUUUAAGAGAGUUUUGUAUUUUGAUUGUUUGUUAGUGUUUUUGUUUUGAAAAGAGAAAACAAAAGGGAGAAAGGUUUUAAUAAAAAAGCCUUAAUACUUAUGUCC